UAUAUGCCACGUGCAACUCACGUGCAGAAAUCUGGUGGGAGAGUGAGGACAGGCUGAGACAAAUUUGGGCAUCCUGUCGCUCUUCCAAUUUUAGCCUGCGCAGCGAAAGAUGGAGGAAGAGGAGGAAGGGAAGGGGAUGGCGGCUCUUCUACGAUGGGCGGCGGAGAUGGGCAUCUCCGACUCCCCCACUGCCACGACUCCUCCUCCAUCCCCAUCCUCUUGUUUGGGCCAUUCCCUCUUCGUCUCCCACUUCCCCGACGCCGGUGGGAGGGGUUUGGCCGCUGCCCGCGAUCUGAGGAAAGGAGAGCUGAUCCUUAGAGUUCCGAGAGCCGCGUUGUUGACGAGCGAAAGGGUAUUGAAAGACGAAAGGCUUGCGUCCUAUGUCAGAAGACAGCCUCGUCUCUCCUCUACUCAGAUACUGACCGUAUGUUUAUUGACUGAAGUGGGAAGGGGAAGGAGUUCAUGGUAUCCAUAUCUGGUGCAGUUGCCUCAUUGUUACAAUACACUGGCAAACUUCACAAACUUUGAAAUUCAAACUUUGCAAGUUGAAGAUGCUAUCUGGGUUUCAGAGAGGGCUGUUCACAGGGCAAAAUUGGAUUGGAAAGAAGCCAUCAGUCUCAUGCAGGAAAUGAACCUUAAGCCUCAACUUUUGACUUUUAGGUCAUGGCUUUGGGCUUUGUCAACUAUAUCUUCCCGUACAUUACAUGUGCCAUGGGAUAAUGCUGGUUGCUUAUGCCCUGUUGGUGAUUUGUUUAAUUAUGCUGCACCUGAUGCGGAGUCUUCACCUGAUGCAUCAGAGGACAUGGCAGAACACUCAAAUACCAAUUCUAUUGUGACACAGAAGCAUAUCACUGAGAACUCAGAUACUGAGCAGCCUGAAUGUCAAUCACAAAGGCUAACAGAUGGUGGAUAUGAGGAAGACACCACUUCAUAUUGCUUUUAUGCAAGGAAAAGAUACAAAGAAGGAGAGCAGGUUCUUUUAAGUUAUGGGACAUAUGCUAAUCUGGAUCUUCUGGAGCAUUACGGUUUUCUUCUAGAUGACAAUCCAAAUGAUAAGGCCUUCAUCCAAUUGGAUACAGGCAUAUCCACAUCCAGUACUUGGCCGGUAGAUUCUUUGUACAUUCAACCAAAUGGAAGACCCUCUUUUGCAUUACUCUGUGCUUUACGCUUAUGUGCAACGCCGGUGAACCAUCGAAGAGCAGUUGGGUGUCAAGUUUAUGCAGGAUCUUUGCUCUCUGUUGAAAAUGAGUUAUUGGUCAUGAAAUGGUUGGCAAAACGUUGCCAUGAUAUUUUGGAAAAAUUACCGACUAGGAUUGAGGAUGAUAGCUUAUUGUUGAUUGUUAUAGAGAAAACACUUUACGAUCCCUCUUGUCUAAAGUGCGUGGAUUUGCAAUGUUGCAAAGAAGAGUUAAAAAGCUUCCUUGAAGUGCAUGGCCUUCAAAUGGAAGGCAUUGGUGUUUCCCAAUUGCCUACGAAGGUUAGGAAGUCGCUAGAGAGGUGGAAAUUGGCAGUUCAGUAGAGAUUUGGCCAUAAGAAAAUGCUCAUCAGUUGUAUAUCUUAUUGCACUAAUACAAUUGAAAGACUUUCUUCUCAGCAAUGUUCUACAAAGAGGAAAAAAUCAGGCUCACAAGCCAGGUUGAUGAUCUGAGUUUCUUGUAUGGGCAUCAGCUAUGCCUCAUGGUGCAAUCAAACAUGUAGUGUCUGUGUUGGUGAUUCUGGUACUAAUGUGAUUCCCCUCCAAGCUAUGAACCAGCUCCCAAACAGCAUUUCUUUUAUGGAUUAGAUUUUUGAAGAUGCAGCUAAUUUUUGCCCUGGCAUUUGAUGGAUGGUAGUGGCAACUUUUGGAGAUUUCUGUGAUGCUCUGGGAAACCAGCAUCUUGAUCAGCACUAACCCCUGCUAAACAUCCAACAUCUUAAUGUGAAGAAAGCCGCAUUUGGAUCUCUGAGUCUUCAUGGUACCACAUGAUGCUGUAUCUGUAGUUUUGAUCCAAUUUCCACUUUUAAACUGUUCAAUUAACAUCUGUGAUGUAUAUUACUGAUGUAUUAUAAUGGACUUUGUCUCAGCUGUAAUGGAUAUCCUUUUUUAGCAAUCUUUUAUUAUUAAGAUAACUCUCUUAGA